AUGGCCAAACACACGCUCUUCCCAGGCUCCGGCGAGCCAUUUCACGUGUUCCAGGACGACAUCUUCGAAGACACAACACCCAUGACCAGUCACGCUCCUAUGCCCUCGUUCGAGAAUCGCCCGAGACGUCCCCUCAAUUCGGUCGACCUGAACGCCAUGAUCGAGUCGCAGCCUCGCCCCCAGUUCCCUCAGAGCCCCUUCAAGAUGAAGAACUUAACGCGGGCGCCCCUAAAGCCCACGAACGGCAAGAGGCUUAACAAGGUCUCUAUGCCCCCGCCCGGUAGGGCUGUCUACCCCAACCAAACGGAUUCCCUCAAGAAGCCCAUUCUCUCGAAGUUCAACACGCGGCCGAAAAAGUCGGACCAGGACCACAAGUCACCAUGGGAGGAGGACAGUACAUUCGGACAAGGCUCCCCGCUAGCCGCCCUCGUUGGGAAGCCCAUGCACAGCUCAAGCGGCUCCGAGUCCCUCAUCAAAUUCGGUCCUCCUAUUCAGGAACCCAGUCCAACCACCACUCCCGCCAUCGAACAGUCCGACCAGACUACCGUCAUCCCUCCCUGGGACUCAUUCCCCCCCAUCAUCGACGACGGCUCGAAACCGCCCCAUAGCUACGCCCAGAUGAUCGCCAUGGCCCUCUUCCGCUCACCCACCAGGCGCCUCACCCUCGCCCAGAUCUACAAGUGGAUAAGCGACAACUUCGCUUUUUACCGACCUAACGAUUCCGGCUGGCAGAACAGCAUCCGACACAAUCUCAGUCUGCACAAGAACUUUAUCAAAGUAGAUAGGCCGAAGGAGGACCCUGGAAAGGGUCACUACUGGACUAUUGAGCCCGGCACCGAGGGUCAGUUCCUCCGGGACAAGCCCAAGGGCAAGUCUACUCCCGAAAACCUCCCUGUAAUGUCGACGCGCCUCGAGCCAUCCGGGCCCACACCUGUGCCCACGUCCGAACCCUGCCUGCCGCCGCCCGCCCCCGCCGACGCCGGUCCCAGCCAGUCAUCGCAACACCUCAAGCCCAUACCAUCCUCAGAUGCCACCAUUUCGGACGCUGAGAAUGCAGGCAACGACGACGUUCCUGGUGACCAUCAGCCAAAAACCAGUGCCCUCUUCAACGCAGUGCUCUAUUCGCCGGCCCCCGCUGGCCUGAACUCGUCACCCCCGGUGACGUGGAAUGGCCGAUCUGGUCAAAGUGCCCCUUCAGCUCGGCCUGUUUCCCGCAAGAGGGCCGCAGAAGACGACAGCGGCUACAUCUCCUCCCUGGACUCGUCAGUCAUCCGCCCCAAGAAGUCGACGGUCGAAUUUACCCCCGAUGAGGACCUGCCCCGGAAGAGGCGCAAGCACAACCCUCACGGCCGCGCCGAGGUGGAGAUCGCCCGUCUACGCAAUUCUUCGCCCUUCAGCCCAACCAAGAGCCGCUCCGAUUCAGUCGCCAGGAACGCGCCCUCGUCGCCUCUCCGUCCAACCACCUCGCCCCUUCGCCCGCUCAACAGGAACCGCGCUGCUCUCGAAACACCCGUCAAGAUGCCCCCGCCUAUGCAGCACCCGCCCUCGGUGUCGCCCAACACGAACCUCAAGAACCACAGGAAUGUCGUACAGGGAAUGCUUAAGAGUGCUGCCCUUGUUACAGACGAAAACGAGGCCCCGUGGAGCCCCGAGUUCAAGCUCGACGAUCUCGACACGAGGGAUUACACACACGCCACCGAUGACGACUUGCUUCCUCUUGAAUGGCAAUUCUUUCGCAGUGAGCCCUAUGGGGCUGAGAAUGACGCCGCCAUUGCUAUUUCUUAUGGUGUGCAGCGCGACGCUACCUAUGACCCAACCUACGAUACGGCUCACUGA